ACUUCGCCGAUAACACUUUGCUCAUUUGGGGUUCCUUUCAGGGACACAAUAUAAAGGACAUGUUGUAAGUCUGUAGAGAGUGAGGCUCAUUGGGACCAGCUUGGAUCCAGUAGAGUUCCAAAGGUUCCAGUUACCCUCCGAGCUCUGCCAUGGACUUCUUUGAUGACCCUAACCUCUUUGUUGGAGGUUUGGACGGGCUGGAUGAAGAAGGUUUCCCCUCAGCACCGUCACUAGUGGAUGAGCUAAAUCUCAGUGCUGACUUUGAGCCCCUUCAAGUGGAGCCUCUAGGGACAGGGAAGCACCAAGACAUGAUACCGCCAGUUUCUUCCACAUCUGCUCAACAAGCCAUGCCCACUUACAGUCAUCAGAUGGGCCACUACAUUGGCUUGAAGGCACAGAAUCCUAUGGGGCAGGCAUUUCCUGGUCAAGGGGGCACAGUUGGUGGAGAUGGUGGUAUGAUUGCAGAGCAACAUGGCCAGUACCAUAAUGCCACCAUCACUCAAGUACCUCAAUCCAAUGGGCUGUUCUGUAACAGUAGCAGUCCAAUGUGGGGCAACCAGGACCAGAAUGGGAAUAUGUACCACCCCUUAUCUCAACAGCAGCAACAGCUUUGUCAUCAGCAGCAACAGCAGCAGCAACUGCACAACCAGCAAAUUCAUGUAAGACAACAACAAACACAGCAGCAACACCACCCCUGUCAUCAGCAGCAACAGCAACAGCAGCACAGACUACGGCAGCAGCUGCAACAGCAGCAAAGUCAUCAGCAACAGCUGUUAAACCAGCGCCAGCACCAACAAUUGAACACACAGACUAUGUCCCUGCAGCAACAGCAGCAUCAUAAUUUCUCCUUUCAUCAGGGAAGUCAAACUCAGAGCCAACAGCAAGUUCACCAUAGUCAACAGCAGGUUCCACACCAGCUAAGUGUAGGAGGACCAAGGUUUCAUUCAAGGGCUCUGUCAACUAAGUCCUAUCUGGAUAGUCAAAAUGCUUCUCUGUCCGGCACUUGCUUACAGCAGCAGCAGCAGCAGGGUAGCUACCAGUUGAACAGGGCAGGUCAAGCCUUCUCUGGAUCAGGCCUGGAAGACCGUAACCUGCCCUUCCCCAUGCAUUCAUCGUCGGUGGUUCACUCCCUGCCCACAUACUCAGUCAGUUCUACCACCAACUACCAACCCGCGCAGUACCCUGCCUACCCUGGAGAACCAGAAAUAGCCAGUCUUAGUCAGCAGUCUUUGUCAUCAGCAUCUGUGUCUAGGCCCACCACCAUUGCUGCUCCUCUCACUUCUACAGUGCCUGAGCUCUCAGGGACGGUAUGUCAGUUUCCAUCCACUUCAGUUAUGGGUCAGCAGCAUGCUAGGACCCCGGUCAGCCAGGCAGAGGAAUGUCCUUUCCGUGCUUUACGCUGUUCUGGAGAAACCCAGGGAAGCUGCAAGUCUUCUGAGAUGUUUGGUGAAUCUAUGAGCUGCUACGCCAGCAUAGCCAGUCAUCUGCCCUCUGAGCAGCCACAGAGUUGUGGGGCCAUCAACACUAAUGGAUUUCAAGCUUUGGGAGACAGCCUCCUGCCAUCAGGGGCUCAGGAUGGGGACUUGGAGGGGUUGGAACCUCCUGACCUCCUCCCUGACUUACUGCCCCAGCUGGAGGCAGCUCUCAGCCAACAGGAUGAAUCCAACUGUUCGUGGGCUGAUUCCAGCCAGGAGAGAGGACAUGAGCGCAGAAAGUCACCACCUGUUGAGAACAAGGAUGAAAAGCCUCGAAAGAACACUAAUGGUCCUGGUAGCCAGGUACGGGUCCUCAGUCCCCCAAUGAAGAGCAGCUCAUCAUCCUCCUCCUCUUCCUCAUCAUCUUCAUCCUCAUCAAGCUCCUCGUCGGAGAAGAGGACCUCGCGGAGGACGCAUCAUCAGAUGGAGUCAAUGCAUUUGGAGAAGCAGGAGAAGGCCAAUAGGAUAAUAUCAGAGGCAAUUGCAAAAGCUCGUCAGCGCGGUGAGAAGAACAUCCCCAGAGUCAUGAGCCCUGAGAGCUUCCCCAGCUCUUCCUCUCAGUACAAGACCCACCGGGACCGAGAGCAUAAAGGAAAUGGCAAGGCAAGACCCAAAGAGAAGGCCUGUAGGAAGGCCUGCAUUGUACCUUCCUCCAAGACCAAGCAGAAGGCCAAGAUCGGGAAAAUUGUCAUCAAGAUUGGGAAGAAAAAGAAAAGAAAGCCACCGUCUUCAGAGGAGGAGUCUGAUGAUGACCGUCCACCUCGGCAUACUUCUAAAGACAUUGACUCGAAGAGGCGAUCUAAUCGCCAGGUGAAAAGGAAGAAGUAUGCUGAAGAGCUGGAGGCCCGCCUGUCAGACGAGGAAGUCAAGGUUAUUGUCAAAGCCAAGAAAACCAACACCGCAGCAUCCAAGCAGCCUGCUGUUCAACUCUUUGUAGAAAAUCCUACUGAGGAAGAUGCCGCUAUUGUUGACAAAAUCAUGUCCUCUCGUAUCGUCAAGAAGGAGGUUUCUCCAGGAGUGGUGGUUGAAGGGGAGGAGUUUUUUGUAAAAUACAAAAACUACUCCUAUCUACACUGUGAGUGGGCCACAGAGCAGCAGCUGGAGAAGGACAAGAGGAUUCCGCAGAAGAUCAAACGCUUCAAGAUGAAACAAGCACAGAGGGCACUCUUCUUCGCAGAUAUGGAGGAGGACCCUUUUAACCCUGACUACGUAGAGGUGGACAGAGUGCUGGAGGUGUCGUACUGUGAGGACAAAGACACGGGGGAGGAGGUGGUGUACUACCUGGUGAAGUGGUGCUCUCUGCCUUAUGAAGACAGCACCUGGGAGCUGAAGGACGACGUAGAUCAGAGCAAGAUUGAAGAGUUUGAGCAGCUGCAGGCAGCCAAGCCAGACUCAUGCAGAGUGGAGCGACCCCCAGCCAAUCUGUGGAAGAAGAGGGAGCAGUCGAGGGAAUACAGGAAUAGCAACAGCCUCAGGGACUACCAGCUAGAGGGGGUCAACUGGCUCCUCUUCAACUGGUACAACAGACGGAACUGCAUCCUGGCCGACGAGAUGGGCCUGGGAAAGACCAUCCAGUCCAUCACAUUCCUAGAAGAAAUCUAUCGCGCAGGCAUCAAGAGGCCAUUCCUCAUCAUUGCCCCACUCUCCACCAUUGCCAACUGGGAGCGCGAGUUCCAUACUUGGACCCAUCUCAAUGUCAUUGUCUAUCACGGGAGCAUGGUCAGCAGGCAGAUGCUCCAGCAGUAUGAGAUGUAUUUCAGGGAUGCACAGGGCCGUGUGAUACGAGGUGCCUACAAGUUUCAGGCUCUUAUCACCACAUUUGAGAUGAUCUUGGGAGGCUGCCCUGAGCUCAACGCCAUAGAGUGGCGCUGUGUUAUCAUCGAUGAGGCCCACCGCCUCAAGAACAAGAACUGCAAGCUGCUAGAAGGCUUCAAGCUCAUGAGUCUGGAGCACAAGGUCCUGCUGACGGGCACUCCGCUCCAAAACACAGUGGAGGAGCUUUUCAGCCUGCUCCACUUCCUGGAGCCUGCACGCUUCCCCUCAGAAAACACCUUCAUGCAGGAGUUUGGAGACCUCAAGACUGAGGAGCAGGUACAAAAGCUUCAGGGUAUCUUAAAGCCCAUGAUGCUGCGCCGGUUGAAGGAGGACGUGGAGAAGAAGUUGGCCCCUAAAGAAGAAACCAUUAUAGAGGUCGAGCUCACCAACAUUCAGAAGAAAUACUACCGUGCCAUCCUAGAAAAGAACUUCUCUUUCCUGGCUAAAGGAGCUGGCCAGGCAAAUAUGCCCAACCUGGUCAACACAAUGAUGGAGCUGCGCAAGUGCUGCAACCACCCCUACCUCAUCAAAGGAGCAGAAGAGAAGAUCCUAGAGGACUUCAGAGAGGUGUAUAGCCCUACUGCCAUCGACUUUCACCUGCAGGCUAUGGUGCAGUCUGCUGGGAAGCUGGUCCUUAUUGACAAACUGUUGCCUAAGAUGAAGGCCGGAGGGCACAAGGUGCUCAUCUUCUCCCAAAUGGUGCGCUGCCUGGACAUCUUGGAAGACUACCUCAUUCAGAGAAGGUACUUGUAUGAGCGGAUCGAUGGACGUGUUCGUGGGAACCUGCGGCAGGCUGCCAUCGACCGCUUCAGCAAGCCUGACUCAGACCGCUUCGUUUUCCUCCUGUGUACAAGAGCUGGAGGCCUGGGAAUCAACCUCACAGCAGCAGACACCUGCAUCAUCUUUGACUCUGACUGGAACCCGCAGAACGACCUGCAGGCCCAGGCUCGCUGCCAUCGGAUCGGUCAGAACAAGGCAGUAAAGGUGUACCGUCUGAUCACCAGGAACUCGUAUGAGCGGGAAAUGUUUGAUCGUGCCAGCCUCAAGCUGGGCUUGGACAAAGCAGUGCUGCAGAGCAUGAGUGGCCGAGAUAACAGCCUGGGAGGAGGUACCGGGGGAGGGGUAAGUUUGAGAAUACAGCUAUCUAAGAAGGAGAUCGAGGAUCUGUUGCGACGUGGUGCUUAUGGGGCCAUCAUGGAUGAGGAGGAUGAAGGGGCCAAAUUCUGUGAGGAGGACAUUGACCAGAUCCUCCAGCGCAGGACAAAGACCAUCACCAUUGAGUCUGAGGGACGAGGAUCCACCUUUGCAAAGGCCAGUUUUGUGGCGUCCGGAAACCGCACAGACAUCUCUCUGGAUGACCCCAACUUCUGGGACAAGUGGGCCAAAAAGGCUGACAUCGAUGUGGAUAUGGUCAAUGGCAGAAACAGCUUGGUUAUUGACACUCCCCGUGUCAGAAAGCAGACUCGACCCUUCAGUGCCACCAAGGAUGAGCUGGCAGAGCUUUCUGAAGGUGAAAGUGACAACGAUGAGACCAAACCUAAACUCAGGCGAAACCACGAUCGCCUCAACAGCUACGGACGCACAGAGUGCUUCAGAGUAGAGAAGAACCUGCUUGUAUAUGGCUGGGGUCGUUGGAAGGAUAUUCUCAACCAUGGGCGUUUUAAGAAGCAGCUGACAGAGUGGGAUGUGGAGGCCAUCUGCAGGGCCCUGCUGUCCUACUGCCUGGUUCAUUAUCGUGGAGACGACAAAAUCAAAAGCUUCAUGUGGGACCUCAUUGCUCCUACUGAAGACGGACGCACUAAGGAGCUGCAGAAUCACCUGGGUUUGUCUGCUCCAGUCCCCCGAGGCAGAAAGGGUAAGAAGAUGAAGACACAGUCCAGCUCUUUUGACAUCCACAAGGCAGAGUGGCUAAGAAAACACAACCCAGAGCACAUGCUUCAGGACGACGGCUACAAGAAACACCUUAAACAUCACUGCAACAAGGUGCUGCUCAGGGUCAGAAUGCUCUACUACCUGAAACAGGAGGUGAUAGGAAGCCAGGCCCAGCAGGUACUAGACGGCGUGGACGCAAGUGAGAUAAAGAUCUGGGUGCCAGAGCCUGACCAUUCUGACCUGCCAACCUUGUGGUGGGAUACCAUCUCUGACAAGUGUCUGCUGCUGGGUAUCUACAAGCAUGGUUAUGAAAAGUACAACACUAUCCGUGCAGACCCUACCCUGUGCUUCCUAGACCGUGUGGGACGACCAGAUGAGAAGGCCAUCGCUGCCGAACAGAGAGGCAAUGAUUUCAUGGAUGGCGAUGUAGAUGAUCCAGAAUACAAGCCUGCUCCAGCCCUGCUGAAGGACGAAAUGGAGGAUGAUGCUUCUUCUCCUGGAGACUUGGUUGUCACUGACAACGCUGGAGAUGCAGUUCCAGUGACUGAUGGUCAAAGUCAAAGUAUCUACUGGCCCUCUUCCUCGGUACUGACAGCCAGGCUGAGGCGUCUGAUCACAGCUUCCCAGCGCUUCACCAAGAGCCGGCAGAUUCUCCACAUCCACCAAUCUCAGUCUCAGUCUCAGUCUCAGCAGACCAUGAUAAUGUCUGCUCCGCUCUGCCCGCUGCCCCCCACACUCAACGACACCAUUAACCCCAAGAUGGCUGCUAAGAUCGAACGCCAACAAAGAUGGACCAGGCGAGAAGAGGCUGACUUCUAUCGGGUGGUCUCCACUUUUGGUGUUGUUUUUGACCCAGACCUCGGCCGGUUUGACUGGACCAAGUUCAGGGCCAUGGCUCGGCUGCACAAGAAGACUGACGAGAGCCUGCAGAAAUACCUUUGUGCUUUCACCGCCAUGUGCAGGCAGGUGUGUCGCCUGCCACCCAAGGAAGGAGACUCCGCAGUGGACCCGGCUCUCACCAUCCAGCCCAUCACAGAGGAGCGAGCGUCUCGCACACUGUACAGAGUAGAGUUGCUUCGCCAGGUUAGAGAGCAGGUCCUUCGUCAACCGUUACUCUAUGAGCGCCUGUCACUGUGCCAGAUGAGCUCUGACUUACCUGUGUGGUGGGAAGCUGGUACCCAUGACCGUGACCUGCUAAUUGGCGCUGCCAAGCACGGUGUCAGCCGCACAGACUACCACAUUCUCCGAGACCCUGAGCUCUGCUUCAUGGCUGCCCAGCGCAACUACAGCCAAACGAAAGCUGCACAGCAGCAAUCACGCACAUCCACACCGCUCCUACACCCUCAGUACCAGGCCACCAGCUCAGCGAUGACAGGCUCUCCACUGGCUCCACCUGCCCCGAGAGACCCAGAGCCCUGUGGAGUUGUACCCAAAGUGGAACCAGCCUCAGAGGGGGAGGAAAUCAGGGAGAAGCAAGGGGAGAGUUGGAGUCCUCCCAGAGCGCCAGCUACUCCUACAGGUCUGGAGGAGAAGCCUAUUUCUGACGUGAGGGACAGUGAGAGGCAGAUGGUGGCAGCAAGAACGAAACCUCUCACUCCCAACUCCUCAGAGAGGAAGCCCAAGAAGGCCAGCAAGAGGGGCCGCAGGGAGGCCAGGCGUGGCUCAGAGUCCGACUCAGAUGGCUCCUCCUCAAGCUCUUCAUCACGCUCUUCUUCCUCUUCAUCAUCUUCAUCUUCUUCCUCAUCACAUUCCGGGUCCAGCUCUUCCUCUUCUUCAUCGUCUUGCUCCUCUGGCUCUUCAUCCUCAUCCUCUUCUUCCUCAUCCUCUUCUGAUGACAGUGAAAGUGAGGGAGAGGAAGGAAAGAAGAAAGUGCCUGUAGCAACAAGUGUAAAGGGCUUUGAUGAGGACAGUGUGGCGUCUCUGAGCACUACACAGGAUGAAACACAAGACACCCACGUGGCUGAGAACGGCAUCGCCAACAACUCCUCGCAUCCUUUCCAGGGAGGAGGGUACAUGCUCGCUGCAUCUUACUGGCCAAAGGAUCGAGUGAUAAUCAACCGCCUGGACAGCAUCUGCCAGGCAGUGCUAAAGGGCAAGUGGCCAGGAACACGCCGGGUCUACGAACCUGGAGGUGCAGUGGCCUCCUUCUACACCACCAAGCUGCUGGACAACGCCAACAGCCUGUGCGAGGACCCCUCUGCCUCGCCACAGGGGUCAAAGGUGACCAAGCAUGUUGCAGAAAACAAGGAGUUCUCAGUAAAACUGAACGAUCAGGAAGGAGGUCUGAAGUUGACCUUCCAGAAACAGGGUCUCCCUCUAAAGAGGCCCCUGGAGACAGAGGAGGGUCCCCAGGCGCAGCAGCAGUACCUGGCCCGGCUUCAAGAGCUGCAGAGUGCCUCGGACACAGGCCUGGCAGAUAUCACCAAGCCACACUGCAGCUUCCAGAGCGUGCCCCCAGUUGUCGCUGGUCAGAUGAGGCUGAAUGGAAUAGCAGACGGUCAGCCAGUGGUAAAGAGGCGAAGGGGAAGGAGGAAGAAUGUGGAGGGGAUGGACCUGCUCUUCAUGAACAAGAGUCGAGUCCCUGCUGUCCCUGAUCAGGUGCCUCCAGGUUGGGGUGGUAUUGGCCAAGUUGGCAUGGCUGCAGCCGCUGUGCCGGGCUUCAGCCAGAACUCGAGUCAGUGCCCUGCAGACACAGAGAUGAGGGUCUCUGUCAUCAACCUCAAAGAUGGCACCCGGCUUGCUGGGGAGGACGCUCCCAAGAGGAAAGAUCUGGAACAAUGGCUGAAAGAGCAUCCCGGUUUUGUGGCAGACACCGGAGCCUUUAUCCCUGGGGUAAAUAAGAUGCAAAUGCAGUUCCACUUCCAGGAUGGCCGGCCCAAGCAGAAGAGGCACCGCUGUAGGAACCCCAACAAGAUCGAUGUCAACAGCCUGACAGGAGAGGAAAGAGUCCAGAUCAUCAACAGGAGAAACGCACGCAAGGUCGGCGGAGCCUUUGCUCCUCCCCUGAAGGAUCUGUGCCGGUUCCUUCAGGAGAACCCAGAGUACGGAGUCCCACCUGAAUGGGCAGAUGUUGUCAAGCAGUCGGGUUACCUCCCAGAGAGCAUGUUUGACAGGAUCCUGACAGGACCCAUUGUUCCUGAGGAGGUGAGCCGGCGUGGACGGCGACCUAAGAACCCUCUGGCCAAGGCGGCGGCAGCAGCAACAGCGGCAGCAGCACCCAACCCAACAGCCUCUGCCCUGGGCCUGAACCCCCUGUUGGCCAACGGCCUUCUCUCUGGAAUGGACCUAACCAGCCUGCAAGCCUUCCAGCAAAACCUGCAGAGUUUACAGUCCCUGCAGCUCACCGCAGGACUUAUGGGGCUUCCAUCCGAUGCAAGCAACUUGGCCGCAAGUAACUUAGCUGCCAUGUUUCCGAUGAUGCUGUCUGGUAUGGCAGGAUUGCCGAACCUGCUUAACAUGAGCAGCUUGCUUGGGAAGCCUGCUCAGGAGGGUGCAGCGGGAUCUGAGGACAAGGCGAAGGGAACUGCCAGCGGUGGAACAGGAGAGGCGUCUGCCUCCAAAGCCCCCUCUAACACCUCAGACACCAAAGGAGAAAGGACCGAGGGCUUGAACACAACUCCUUCCUCCACUUACAGCGCUACUUCCUCUGCCACCGCCCCACAAAGUGCUUCAGCUGCCUCGGCAGCCUCCAGUCACCCACUGUCUCUUAACCCCUUGUUACUCUCCAGUAUGAUUUACCCAGGGAUGCUUCUCACUCCAGGCCUUAACCUUCCUGUGUCUGCCACACAGCCGCAGAGCUCAAACAGUGACCCCACCCCUCCUGCUGCCUCCCAGUCAUCGCCACUGGAGACACAGCGGCCAGCAGCAGAGAAAGACAGAGAGGAAGACGAGGACGACGAGGUUUUGGAAGAAGAAGAAGAAGAUGAUGAUGAUGACGACGAUGAUGAGGAGUCAGCAGAACAAAAAGAGAACAGUGGUCCUGAAGGUUUGGGAAAAGUAGAGUCAUCUUCAUCAGAGUCUGGGAGCUCGUCUUCAUCCUCAGACAAUUCAGACUCCAGUGACGAGGACUGAUGUAUGAAUAUAUAAUUACAAAUUUAUUUAUGUAUCGCCUAGAAAUGUAUACAUAUAUUCACAUAUAUAUGGAUUUUCCAGCACUUAUGUUGCGAUUUCUUUACAUGUACAUACAAGAACUAACUAAAAUGUUGUGUAAUAAAGAUUACAAAAACAACACAAAAAAACAAAAAAACAGCAAAAAAACUGAUCUAAAAGGAACUGAAAUAAAAUUUCAGUGUUUGUUCACAAGGUACAGUCUUGUUUUGAGACAUUUUGCAUGUCAGACUUUAGUAGAUUUCUGAACUCUGUGAACUUGUACCACACGAUUAUGUACAAUUGCAACAACAAAAGGCAUUAUUGUAAUUAUGUCAGGAUUUAAUUUUAUUAAAAAAGUGAAACUACAUCAACAUGCUCGUUGAGCUGUACUAUUAAUAUAUUUUGAUUGUUUGGGGGUUGGGGAAUGACACUUGACAAACACUUUUCUCUUGUAAAUAGUCAGUACUUUUACAGGUUCGUUGACACUUAUGCUUUGCAGAUCAUACGUUGGAUAUGUCAGCAAUAACUUGGGCAGCUAAUGAAUGUCACUGAAGCUGUAGAUUCUCUGUCUGCCAUGUUCCACCCCAGUGCACAACUCACGCAGCCUCACCUGUUGUACCUGUCAUUUACCUUCAUAUCAUGUUGAAGAGUUCAUUCCCACAUUCUCAGUUCACCGCAUCCAUUCUGGGAACAGAAUUAACCUGAAGCUCCCUCUUCAACAUGGCUUCAAUUUGGGGGAAAUUCUGUAUAAGUAUUAUUUUUGUAAAUCAAACAAAUAAGCUUAAAUUCCUUCUUUAAUGGAUCAUAAUUUAAUCCUCUGCUGUGAUUCUAUUUAUUUAUACGUUUUCACGUGGGUAUCUCAUUUUGAAACCUCACCAUCACCUUACAAACAUGCCACAACAUGCCCAAGGUGCACUUUAGCUACCCACAGUAGGCAUACACCUUCACUUGCACAUCUGUUGAUUUUGACUCCAGUGUCCGAGUCUAAUAAACUCCUCCAGCUGUGGAGACAGAAAAACAACCUUUUACUGUGUGCCAAAAACUGCCCUUUGACCCUUUGAGGUCCUGACAGAGUUUUGUGGUCUCUGUGUAGAGGAAGAGUUCAGGACUCUUGAUGACAUGGAUAUUAUUACCACAGCCCCGGCGUAUUUGACUGCAUCUUACCUCAGCUGUGUUAAAUGGAUUGGCUUCACUGUGCAAAUGUGCAUGGGAGUGUUUCUCUGUGUCCAUGUUCAUAUUGUCCUCGUCCCCUGCUAGAAUGUGUGUGUCAGAGGCCAUUAUUUUUUUUUUUUUGUUCACGGAGAGCUUCCACUGUGUUGUGUUUUGUUUGGCUGGACUGCUCCUCUCACCUGGUAUCUACUGCUUCCAUAACGUUCCAGUCUCAGUACUGUGUAUUAAGAAGGGGCCCUUGCAAGCUAUUACUAGUAGAAACUACAUUACUAGUGUAAUUACAAGUGUUUUUGACCUUCAGACACGUCUCAUUGCUAAUCUGUUGCAAAUUGGAGUCCCUUGGAUUUUGGAUUGCAUGACCACCUGUUUACCAAAGUCUUACAGAAGACACAUGGCACAAGCACAAGCUAGUUCAAAUUGUGGCUAAGAUUGUAGUAAUUGUCAUUGUCUUUGAGUAUUCAAUUUUACACAGUGCCAGACGGGCUAGCGCAAGGAAGGGCUCAAUAUCGCAGCUCGUGUUGCUGGGAGUUUGCAGCUUGGUGUGUGUGUAUGUAUGUGUGUGUGUGUGUCUGUGUGCGCGCCUGCGUGCGUGCGUGUGUUUCACAUAGUCCUCGACUCUGUUCCGCUGAUGAACGGAGUCUCAGCUAGAUGUAGAAGUGCCCUUAUCCCGUACCUCACUCUCAUUCGACGUCUGUCUUGCUCAGAGCCGUCUGCAGUGCUCAGUGUCCAUGCUUGUGCGUGUUGUCCAUCACCUCUGCACGUGUGUUCAUUUUAAGCUGUAACCAGGAUACACAUAAAAACACUGGAAUUCACUCAAGCCGAAGUACCUUUUUAUAAUUUUCUCUAGCGCAGCAGUGCUCGCUCUAGGACUACUGUUACACAGUGGACUGUUAGAUUCAGAGUUAUCCUCUGAGGUGAGGCAGGGGCUUUUGUUUGGACUGGGGGGGUGGGGGUGCCGCCCCAGCAGGUUUCCUCUGUGCUGGAGAAAACCCCACUGACUUAUCUCAGUCUGUUAAGUUCUGAAGUAUUUGCUGUAGCAUCGUUCUCUAGUGGGUGAACCAUGAACAACCCUGUGGUCUAAAAACACAAAGACUGAAGACACAUCUGAUUUCUAAUGUUGCUUUAAAGUGGUUUUCUUGUAUGCCUGUUAUAUAGACCUCGUCAUGGGUUUUGCUUGCAAUGCAAUUGCAUUUUUUUGUAAUAUUAUUACUAACAGUACGGUAUUUUUCUAUGUCAGCAAUGAACUUAAACAUGCCACUGUCAUUUUGUAUAUCUGCACCUCUGCUCUCUUUAAACUUGUAGUGCCCUUAUGCAAACACCCAGCCAUCGCUACUUCUGCUGUAGAUGAUUGAUCUCAAAACUGUUGCUACUUUUUGUUGCCCAAGAGCUCUGGGUUUGAUGGAUUGAUAACUGUGCUGAGCCUCUUGAGGGGACAAAUGAUGGGAUUAAAAAAAAAAAAGGUAGACAUAAGAUUGGAUAUUUUGCUUUCGUUUGCUUUUCUUUGCUUUUUCUGUGAUUUUUUUUUUCUUUUCUUAAAUUGUACUGUACAAGGAUUCCCAAUGCACUGCUAGUGCUAUAGCAACUAGAAGCAGUGUUAAACCUGCGUUCAACACAGACACAAGUAAACAAUGACCAAUAUGCAAGGAGAACGACAACACACACUACUGCUGUACAGGGAGGUUCUCUUUCAGUUUUCAUACAUGUAUUCACUGAGAUGACAAAACUAGCAGCAUUUGGUUUUGUAUUUUUAUUUCAAGCUUGAUAAUAUCCUAAAUGUCACUCUGGUCAGUUUUGUCUUAUUGUUUUAUUUUACAUUGGACAGUUGUAAUAUUUGCAAGUUGUGGUCUGUGUAGUCAAAUAAUUCUUUAUGUAGUGCAGGAAAAAGCAUCUUAAAAGUCAUUUGUAAUUUAUUGGAUUACUUUCUAUGAAGUUCUAUAGAGGAAACUGAGGUUUAAUUAUUUUUAUUAAACAUAUUCUUCUGACUAUC